CUUCUCCUUUCCCACUUUUACCAAUGAGUUCAUAUUUUGUAAACUCCUCUUUUCCGGUGAUACCGGGAACGGGUGGAGGCGGCCAGACGGCGUCGGCAGAACCAUUCCUUGGUCAGAUCUCACUUUACUCAUCGGGAUACGCAGAUCAUCCGCUCAGACACUACCCAGGGGCAGCGACUGUGACUGCGGCCGCGGCCGUGGCUUACAGCGCUCACCAGGAGAAAUCUUAUCCAGCCUCUACCUACUACCAGCAGGCUGCGAACGGAGCGUACAGUGGACACAGAGUGACGGGGGUGGCAGUUGGGGGCUCGACCGGACCUGGUGCAUGCGACUACGCCACAGCAGCAGCGGCGGCUGCCGCGGCGGCCACGAACUUCUACCGAGACAAGGAUCAUCCCUGUAGUCUGGAUGAACACCAACUUGCUCUGAGCCAAGACGGCAUGCAUCGCAAAAUGGAGUGCGCUGGGCUCGGAGCAAAGGGGCUAUUUGGAGAAUCAAUGGAUGACAAGCAAACAGCACCAACUCCAAUUUAUCCGUGGAUGCAGCGGAUGAACGCAUGCAACGGCACCUUCGGCAGCCCCGGAAGACGCGGCCGGCAGACAUACACCCGCUACCAAACCCUGGAGCUGGAGAAGGAAUUCCACUUCAACCGCUACCUCACUCGGCGACGGCGCAUCGAAAUUGCGCACGCGCUCUGCCUCACGGAGCGUCAGAUUAAGAUCUGGUUCCAGAACCGGAGAAUGAAGUGGAAGAAGGAGAACAAGCUCAUUAACUCAUCUUCUUCCUCAUCUUCCUCCUCUUUCACUCUAAAUGGAACAGAUGAAGAAGAGAAACGGACGGAGUGAAAGAAAAGAAAAUUACGUGAGACAUUUAAAGCAAGACAAGAAUGGAAGAAAAUUAGUGUUCCAAUGUGUUUGUUAGGUGUGGACAUUUUGUGAGCCCACCGCUCCAUUCGUUUCUGUCCGACAGCUCAACCGUGUGGAUCACAAAAAGGACCGAGAUGCUUUACUUUCUCUAAUACGAGUCUCUAAACGUUGUAUCAGUGAAAAUAACGUUUUGACCCAUUUUUGAUUUGGAGUUUCUACUUCUUCUUCGUCUAUACUUUAAAAACAGAAAAAAACGCACUCUCCUAAAUCCUACAUAUUUACUAAAUGCUGAAACUUUAGGAGGCUAGGCAGAGUGGCAGAGCCAUGGAAAGUAGAUAAAGCAAUAAAGAAAUAGAAAUUGCCAGGGACGGGACAUGAAGACAUGAAC